AGAUUAUGAAAAUACAUAAAAAAAAUUUGAAAGCUAGUAGUGAAUUUGGCCUUCGUUUCGAAUUUUAGUGAAGAGAAUAAGAUGAGGAAUGUUUUUUCUCCCUUGAAUCGAGUGUGCGACGUGAGAAGUUAACCGAAAAUUUAAUCGUUUACGAAGAGGAAUAAAAGCCAUAGACCUGUUCUAUGGUUAGGUCAACGCCAAGCGAGAGAUGGAUGUUGCACAAAAAUUGCAUUUCGACGCUUACGAUAUUGAAGACGAGGAAUUAAACAUCAGCUGUCGAACGAACAGCUCAGGAUGCGAUGUUGAGGAUGCUCUGGAUUCAUCAACUGAAGAUUUUGCUUGCUCACCGCUACAACCACAACCAAGAAAAUUGUCAUUCAGUAACGCUAUGGAGUGCAGUGACAGUGAAACUAAUCAACCAGUUAAUAACAACGCGACUCCUACAGUCACCUUGACAGGUCCUAUGGGAAUGAGAAUUCCUUUGAGAGAAGGAGCUCAACCCCAAUCGAGAAUAUCAAUGGCGUGCAGUCCCCCUUACAAAAGGGUCAGAGCCCUUAGGCUCUUUGACUCACCCACAACGCCAAAAACAUUAAUGGAAAAAAGUGCUAUGGCCACUCCUGUACCAUCUAAAUGUACAAGACUCUUUGCCGUUGAUAAACCUCGGCCUGUUGCAUCUUGCUUUCAAAGUAAAUUGGACAAGCCCACUGCCAAUGUUAAUCCCUUUACACCCAAUGGAAUGUUACUAACAGCGAGGAAGAGAAGUCGAUCGAAGCGUAGUCUUAAUAGCUCUCCGGAUAUUCGAAUACCAAAAUUCGAUUUGGUCGACUCGGAAGAUUCGGACAACGAGGUGGAACAGCCAACGAAGCGAGUAGCUCUCCAGGAAUCUAACAUACCACGCUAUCAUCAAGAAUUCCAUGAAAUUGGUCUCAUAGGUACUGGCGAAUUCGGCUCCGUGUACAAGUGCAUAAAUCGUUUGGACGGUUGUGUAUACGCUAUAAAGAAGAGCAUUAAACCAGUGGCCGGGAGUGUUAACGAGAAAAAUGCAUUAAACGAAGUUUACGCUCACGCGGUACUUGGUAAACAUCAACAUGUGGUCCGUUACUAUUCCGCGUGGGCGGAGGACAACCAUAUGAUAAUUCAAAACGAGUAUUGCAACGGUGGAAGUUUGGCUGAUGCAAUAUCGAAUUUGCAAAAAGAAAAUCGGCAUUUUACGGAAGCGGAGUUGCGGCAAUUGAUGCUUCACGUUGCUGAGGGCUUGAGAUACGUGCACAGCAUGCAAUUGGUGCAUAUGGACAUUAAACCUGGAAAUAUAUUCAUUUCAAAAGAAAAGAGAUUACUCGCAGUUAAUUAUGACUCGGCGGACGACGGGUUUGAUGAGGAGGAAACCAUCGAGGAAGAAAUAACGUAUAAAAUUGGUGAUUUAGGCCACGUUACCUCCAUUAAUAAUCCUCAAGUCGAAGAAGGUGAUUGUCGAUAUUUACCAACGGAAAUACUUCGCGAAGAUUUCACGCAUCUCAGCAAAGCCGAUAUUUUCGCUCUUGGGCUAACGGUCUACGAAGCGGGAGGAGGUGGCCCAUUGCCAAAAAAUGGACCCGAAUGGCAUGACAUCAGAAACGGCAACCUUAAAGAAUUGCCUCAUUACAGUCGUGAUCUCAACGAGUUACUGAAGUUAAUGACGGAUCCAAAUCCGGAGACGAGGCCCUCAGCGGUUUGUCUGAUCCAGCAUCGUGUUUUGUGUCCUUUCGGCAACAAAACGAAAGCACAGCUUCGGCGUGAGUUGAACGCGGAAAAACUGAAAAACGAGAUAUUAUCAAAGCAGCUUCAAGAGGCAGCCAAAUGUUUGAAGACGAUAGCACCGAACAUGGCCCAUAUGAACAACUCGAUGUCACCGGGUGGUUACAGGCUCAGGCCAACACCGACAAGAACAUCGUCACGUGCCAUAGGAAAGAAAGUUAAUCGUAGCAAUAGUACUACUAAUUUUUGAGCAACGUCUUACUCAUUUGGAGCUUUUUCUCGACAUGAAAAACACGAUGCUCGUGGAGAAAUCAAAAAGGAGAAAGCCGAUACGUUGGAGGAGUAUGAUGUGAAGGAGCCGUGGUACCCUGCAGGUGCCUUGAUAUUGUGAUAUCCAAUUAACUCUAGGUAGUAAGUGAAAAGUUGAUAACAAAAAAGAGCCAGAGACAGCGAGAUACAGGAGCAAAGAAAGAAAAAAGGGGCAAAACCACGAGCGAAUGCAGAAUGAAGUCACUGUCGAAACGGUCGAAUUAAUAUUUUUUGAUCUGAACUUUGAUGAACUCUUUGAUCUCGUACUGCGAGGAAUUUGAAAAGAAAAUCUAAACAUAUAUAUAUAACUUAUAUGUACGUUUUCGCGGACAACUAUUGGUAUACGAUUGAUUCGACACUCUCAACAGGAUUUUUAACGAGAGCUCGAAAUCUCAUAUUGACGUAACUGCGUAACGAACAAACAUUAUUGAUCCUUUCACAAUGAAUACAAAAUUUCAUUGUUUUCAUGUCAGAGCCACGUAUUAGCAUUAAAAUUACCUGUGCAUGCGUAUCACGAAAGAAUCUAUGUGUUUGCUAGUGACUCCUUCCCUCCCCCCUUUCCCCAGAGAUAUUUAUCAAUUGUUGCUUAAUACUUAGAUUGGCUUCUUAUUUUUGUCGUUCCAUUUUCUCUCACCAUCCUCAAAACUAUCAUUCCGUGCGUAUACAAUAUUGAAAACUAUCAUGUUAUAACUGUUUAAUAUUGUCAAAGAGAUACGCACUUUCCUUAUUUUUUAUAUUUUGAAUUCUUUUCUCACUGUUUUCCAAUGCCUCAGUUUCGGGAGACAUGCACAAUUUUUAUGUUUGGAAACAUCGAAAUUUGAAAAUUCGAUUAAUCAACAUUCGCAUUUUUUCUUUUACGUUUUGGUUUAACGACUUUGUUUUUUAGCAAUAUCUCGUUAGUCGAAAAAAGGGAAAAAAAACACGAUGGAACGAAAAUAAAUCUAACAAGACACGCCAAUGGCUUUUAUGAUACUGACUAAAAUGAAUUUUUUCUUUCAAA